AUGCAGCGUGGAUGUUCAGCAGGCCCCAACAGGUCUGAAUCGACCCGUAGCAGCACUGCUGCCGAAGCUCCUUCUGCACGUCAGGGCGGCAGCAAUAGAUACGGUGCGGCGGAGGAUGAGGAAGUGCCGGCGUGGAAGCGGCAGCUGUCCUUCCGCGGGCAGCCGUACCGGUAUGCCCACCACCAGAAUGGGGUGAUGGGCCACUUUCAGAUACGAGUUGUGGCCGCCUCCGAAAUUUCGGAACCGGACUGGUCUCGUGUGACCAGCAACCUCAACAUCAAUGCCAUUGCUGGCAGCGGGUCGGGCACAGGGAGCGCUCUCCCCUACGUCGCUGUGUCCCUGGGGAAGUGCACCGUAAGGAGCUCGGCUCGGGAGGCGCAGCCGGACUCUCUCGGGACCUUGCGCGCUUCGUGGCCGCGUGGAAUGCUCUCGGUGGAGGUGAUGAAGGGGGACAUCCGGCCCGGCGAACUCCCCCGUCUCGCCGUUCAGGUGUACAACCAAGAUAGCAUCGUCCAAUCGGUGCUGAGCUCGGCCGUGAGCACGGUGAUGGGGUCUCGGGGAAGCCUGCUUGGGGCGGGGGAGCUGGAUGUGUCUUCGCUUCUCUCCGGCGGGGCACACCUUAUCGACACCUGGGUAGAGCUCGAGCCGAAAGGGCGAGUACAUGUUCACGUGGAGUACGAACCGAAGGGCAUUCAGCCGGAAAAGAACGACGUCGUGUUUCUCGAGAGCUUUGCGAGGUGGGGCGACAGUCUCGUGAUACCCCCCGGCGUUCCGAUGGUGGUGCUGGACAGCAAGCCCCCCUUCCUGCUGGUCGCGUUUGACACCUUCACGGGGAGAGAGGGGCGGCUAAGGCUUCACCGCAACACCGUCUCGUUGGUGGAGAGGCUCAGCUGGCUCGACGUGUCGCUGGCCAUGCUCGCAAGGCCGGUGGACGCGCUUCUGAGAACAGACACCGGGAGUUGGUGCGUCCGGAAGUCUCGCCCUCUGCUGCAACCCUUGAUCGUGAUUGUCGCGCCCCUGCAGGCGUCUCUGCUGGUGGCGUUUUCUGCACUAAAGGUUGCCUUGAAGGGCGUGCUUAUGGGCACCCACGCAGUCUACCAGGAGGCUGUUGUAAACAACUGAGUCGUUUUUGUGGUUCGCUAUAUAUGUGGAGAACUUUGUGGUGUGGCUCGGGUGCUUUGGCGUAGUGAAUGUAUGUAACUGCUUUGUUGUGCUGCUGCUGUGUUAGCACGUAGGUGUGAAUUAUUUUCGGGUUGUUGCUAUUGGUUUGAUGUACAGAUUGUGUUGGUGUUGUUGGUGUUGGUGUGUUGUCGAAAAUAUUCGUCACAGCAGUACUGUAGACGGUUGUUGAAAUAUGUACUUAGCCGGGCAGGAACAUCUCGCCCGUUUUGUGCUAUAGGUUCGGAUAUGGUGGCAUGCGUUGAAGUGCAUGUUCGAAGUGGCCGGAACAUGUUUCAUAUCACGCUCCCAAGAGCAUUUGGCCGUAGAGAUAUUGUUCGGCUUCGUGAAUUGGAUGGCACAAACACGG